AUGGAUGAAUGUUUUAUGACAAGAGAUGGAGAUCAACACGAUAACAGUACUUCAAUAACAGAAAGGAUGACAUCACCGCCAGAUACACUUUUGACUGAUACUGAUAUGAUGGUUGAGAAAGAAAAUGUAAAAUCAUUCAGUGAUGAUGGUAAUACUGAUGAUGAAACGGGUCAAUCUAUUACACCUGCUCAGCUUGUCACCAUAAUCACUAACGCAUGGCAAAAUGAAAUUUGUGCACCUCGAUUAUUACCACACAUGGAAAAUAUUGUUGAUUUAAUGAUCGACCAACUGGAAUCGAUGGAGGGAAAUUUUAACAGAUGCAGUGAUCACACUUCUUUGAAAGUUAUUUUGCACAAAAUGGAAGUUCAGCGCUUGGCUUACAUGACUAAUGAGUACAUAAGAACGCGAUUGAAAAAGAUCGAAAAUGACGUCGAAGAGUUGCAAAACGAGGAUAUAGAGCGGGAAAAAAUAAAUGCUCAGCGCCUACUAAGUACAACAGAAAGAGUCUUUGCUGAACGUUUCGAAAUCAUGAAACGCAAUUUAAUGGACACAUGCUUUUUGGAGCGAAUACCACCUGCAUUACGACGUCUUCCAACUACAAAGAUUGAUAUGUCUAAGGAACGAGUGAUUGUGGAAGUAACUAGUAACACACACGAAAAAUCAGUAAUUCCUGAAAUGACUGAUAUAUUGUCAGAAAGGAGUGUGGAUUUGCCUCCAGGUUCCAUCCAUUUUAUCCCAUAUCCAUCUAUAGCUAACCUUUUAGAAGCCAAUAAAGUUCGACUGUUGUAA